ACAACAACGCCUACAGUUUUUCCUGAGCCAAUGAAAAUGAGGGAAUAUAGCAUAUUAAUAGUUACUACCACAACCUCUGCUUCGUAGCCUACAUGUUUUCACAACAAGGAAGUUGUAUUCACUAUUUCAGUUUGAAUGCUCUACAUAGCCUAAGUCAUUUAUUUAUUCGAGCUAUUUGCGGUUUUUUGUGAACGAAGGUGAGCAAAAAGUGAAAUUGGGAGUUGUUCGUUAACUUGUGUUCAGCCAAUAGUCCAGACAAACUCACCUAGUUCACAAAAAGUGUUAUAAUAUUGACAACUGAUAGUCAACUGAUAGUCUAGGCUAGGCUACUCUAACGUUAAGUUAGAUAUCCAACUUCUCGAGGACAAUGACAGUACCCUAGACUAACCGUGGGAAGUCUCGCAUACUUCAGUCAAUCAUGUACAGUCUGACUGUUUUAAACGCACACGGGUUCAGUGAUAUCGACAGUCAAAUAUGAACAGUCAGACGGUGACAGACAUAUUGGAGGAGUGUCACAGAUGUGUGGAAGAAGGUGCAGUGGAGGCCAACGUGGAGGCGCUGCAGGACUUCACGUUAUGUAGAGAGACCCUAUCCGAUGAACUGGUCAUACUGCUGCAGGAUGCUGUGAACAUGAAAUGGCCAUUUGUGCCUGAGAAAUGGCAGUACAAGCAUUCCUUGACCUCGAAGGACAAGGUCAACCUUAAGGACCUCAUCAGUGAAAACUUGUCCCAACUGCUGGCCUACCUGAAGGCAGCCAUCUUGGCUGGGCAGCCUCUCUGGGCAGCCUCUGCCAUCUUCCUGGUUGACCGUUUCCUGUACUGGACAGACGACUCUCGACAGCUUCUGAGGAUCACCAGGAAGUUGCAUCAGCGCUACCCGGGCACACCUAUCGCUCCGCAGGUGGUCAUUCGGCAAGCUCGGGUCUACUUCAGCACAGGUAAACUACAGAAGGCGGAGUACAUUCUUGCCAAUCUAAUAAGCAACAGUGGAUCUACAGGAUGCUGGAGGUAUCACACCGACACUGAUCGAACUCUUGUACAGGCUGUGAGUGUGCAAGUUCGUGGGCAAGUUCUUCAGAAGCUGGGGCUUUGGUUUGAGUCAGCAGAAUUGAUUUGUGCUUCCUUGGUUGGGUUUUACGCUCUUCCUCAGCCUGAUAAAAAGGGAAUUGGAACAUCACUGGGUAUCCUUGCAAACAUACUGGUAUCCAUGGAUGACAAGGAUUUCCACAGGUUUAGGACAAGUGAAGACACUCAUAUGUCCUUCCUUGGAAAAAUCCAACAUCGUCUACUUUCUGCAGCUGAGGCAGCUAAAAUGGCUGUGAUCUACAGUCAAUAUGCCUCACUGUAUGUGCUAACAAACGUGGUUGCCCAAGGGACUUGCCUUCUGUCAUAUAGUUUCUCAACAGAGUGCCCGCCAGCAGAGAAGACCACUUACCUGACCCAAGCGAAAGAGGCCUUUGAAAUCGGUCUACUGACAAAAACCGAGGAAGAUGUGGUGACUAGCAAACAGGAAUUACACACAUUCGUGAAAGCAGCUUAUGCAUUGACAAUCAUCCAUAAGUGGCUUGGUAGCCCUUACAGCCUUGUGGUAGAAGCUACCCAGGUUUGUCGGGAAGCAUCUACAACUUAUUACUCUUACUGCUUCGAGGAGAGUGCUGAAAAGGGAAAACUAUGCAGAGAGAUCAUGUGGUUGGUGCAAAAAGUUAAGUCACUGCUGAAGGUGGAGCCAUUUGUGAAUACUGACCCAGGAUCUUUCAUCCCAGACACCUACAGAGCUGCAGAGGAUAGAAUAGUCGUCUUCACCCUGGAUGACUUUGCUAAGGUCAUGAAGAAAUUUCAGCAGCAUCACCAAUCUGUUUGUGAGUCUUCUAAAGCAAACUGCCACAGGCAUGAUAAUGCAGAAUUGGAGACAUCAUCUGGAAUCUGUGUCACAUCUUUUGGAACAGCCACUGAAAUGGCUAACACAGAAUGCACCACAGAGAGCCAAGUAGACAAAGGGCCAUCUGGUAUCCAACAGGAAGUGAUGAAUGAAAUUUCAUCCUAUCAGUCACCAACAAGACAAUCUGCCCAUUUACCUGGAAAUCAGGGAGCUGUAGAUACAGCAACCAGCAAUGAGAUGCUAGUCCCUUCUGUAGAGGGUCAGCAACCUGCAGGUGGGAAGAGGGAAGCAAUGUUCUCUUCUGGCUUACUCAGUAAUAGCUUAGGAUCCUCAUGGGGCAACAUGAUAAGCAUCAAUAGGAACAGUAAUCAAAUGGCAAAUGCUCCAAAAGGCCAGGUUGACUCAAGUUGUCCCACGGAGAGUGAUGACGAUGACCCAUCAAUCCUGUUAGAUUCUCUGGUACUAGGCUCAUCUGCGGCGUCCAUAGCCAAACCUGGAGGUGCGAAAGAAGACAAGGGUAGAAGAGAUGCAUCUACUAUUUACUCUCCAUCACAGUUUGCUUCUAAUGUCAGAGCAGAGAGAGAGCGCAACAAGAGCCACCAAACACCUUUGUCCAAACAAAGUACUACAAAGACAAUUCAGGACCAAAGUAGCAUAGAGACAGAAGAAGAUGAAACAGAUAUGCAGAACUUGAACAUCCAUACUCCCAAAGGAACCACCCAAAGCAUUAAACAGAGGUCUUCCUCUAGUUCUUUGAGCAGUAGCUUUGGCUCACUGUCAUCUUGGCAAAAAGUGCCUUCUCUUGACACAGAGUCGUCUGCUGAUAACAGUCCUCUGAUUGGACAAGGCAAAGGUAUCCCAACAAACACGGGUGAUGAAAAAUAUCCAGGUCCUUCAAUGCUUUCCCAUUUGUCUAGGCAAAGUGGUGGAACACUUGCACCUGGAAAGACUAUACCAAAGACUAUGCCUGAUCAAAGGAGCAUAGAAACUGAAGAAGAAGAUCUGAAUAUUGAGAAUAUCAGCCACACAUCACUGAAUUUCAAAGAAGCAAAUCAAGGCAACAAAGAGAGGUCCUGUUCUAGUUCUUUGAGCAGUAGCUUUGGGUCACUGUCAUCAUGGCAGAAAAUUCCUUCUCUUGCUACAGGAUCAUCUAUCGAUGAAGGCCAAGAGGUUGUCGGAGGCAAUGAUAUUCCAACAAACCAAGUUGAUAGUGAUAAAAAGUGGCAGGAUUCCACAACAGGAUCUAUUUCAUCUGGGGAAAGGGGUGGAGAGGCGCAACGCAAAACUAUAGCUGUGUCUGCUACAAUUCCAAAAACGAUUUCUGACCAAAACACGGAAACAGAGGAAGAUGAGCCAGAUAGGUUGUACCUAAACCAUACAUCAGUAGGUCUCAGAGGACCAACCCAAGGAAACAAGGUGGUGUCAUUUUCUAGUUCUUUGAGUAGUAGCUUUGGGUCAACAUCUUCCUGGCAAAAAGUGCCUUCCCUUGAUACAGGAUCAUCAUUUAACAGUGAUAGUGGCUUGACAGGAAGACGUGAGGGUGUCCCAGCAAACACUGGGGAACUUUUUGAAGCUAACAAAUUACCUUGCUCUUCACCAAGACAUUAUGGUGGUCCCCAGAAGAGUAGUGAGGACAGUUCUGAGAUGAAGGGAGAUAUUUUGGAUCCUCUUCCCCAUUCAGUCUUUACCCAAGACGUUACAAAGGCAAAGAAAGAAAACUCCUCAAACAGAAGUCAGCAGUCUAUUGGAAAUGUCAGAUGUAAGAAAUGCUUCCCUCCUCACUUUGUUGAGAUGGGUGUGCUGAGCGAUAUCCUGACGCGACAAGAUUAUAGUGCACUACUUGCAGGGGUGUGCCAUGGAUGCCUGAUCAACAGACUACCGAAGAAGACAAUUCCACCCUUACCUCACAAUAAAGCCUAUGGUGCAGUGUUGCUAAAGUUUUCAAAGUCCACUGGCUUGUGGACUGGCCGUGAGACAAAUAUAUACAUCGGUGGCUAUCUGCAGCAAGGCCAACAACGGAAAGCAUUCCAGGUUCAGUUCCUCCACCAGGAAGAACUCUUGGGCAGUUAUGUGGGAAAGCAGUAUUACAGGUGUGAUGUGGCCCUCCAUGAUCACCUCAACGACGUGGAAAGGCAAAUGACCGCUCAGUACUACGUGACGGAGUUCAACAAGAAGUUGUACGAGAAGAGCGUCACAGCGCAGAUCUUCUUCAUCCCCUCGGAAGUCCUGCUGAUUUUAGAAGGAGACACCAUCAUUGGCUGUGUGACAGCAGAACCAUACAUGCUGGGAACUUUCAGCAAGCUCACCAACAACACGAAAAAAGUCAUCAGGAAAUAUAAGGCCUUUGAGUAUGGUAUUGCCCUUGGCCACUUUACUUAUGAGUAUUCCGGAGGGAAGGAGGUUGUUGUGGACCUCCAAGGUUGGGUGUCAGUGAACGGUAAAGGGCUGACAUACCUCACUGACCCCCAGAUCCACACCCUAUGGAAGCCCCAGAGCAGGACCUCCAACUUCCAUCAGAGAGGCAUCAAUCUGUUCCUGGAGGAACAACAUGGCCCAGAAUGCAAUGAGGUCUGCAAACUGCUCGGUCUGAGGAAACUGCAGAUGCCCAAAGCCCGACAGAUCCGUCAAAGACAGGCAGACAGAGAGAUCCCGCAACCAGACCGUCAAACAGAAACCUCCACAGACAAGCUGCGACUGACACACUCAGGUUUUGUCAUGGAGUGUAUCCCUCAUCACUUCCACUUUGUGAACAUGAGUAAGACCUGGACUGAGGCACAGCGUUACUGCAGGGAGCAGUACACUGACCUGGCCACCAUAGAAAACAUGGAGGACAUGCAGAUGAUGAUAGACACCGCUAAAGGUUAUGAUGGGAAAGCCUGGAUUGGGCUGCAUCAGACUGAUGUCCCCAGCUGGAAGUGGUCCCUGGCAGAUGAUGGUUCCUAUAGUCCUGGAGAGGUUAACUUCACUAAAUGGGACAAAGGAGAGCCCAGUGGUGGGGCUGGGGAGGAAUGUGCAGAACGGCUCCCCGGGGGUUUAUGGAAUGAUAAGGAUUGUAAUACACCACUUCUAUUUGUGUGCUAUGAUGAGACCCACAGUGGCAAUAAGCGAUAUGUCCUCAUUGAUGAGAAGAAGUCCUGGAGAGAAGCUCAGAAGUACUGCAGAGAAAACCACACAGAUCUGGUGAGUGUGAGACACAAGGAGGAGAACCAGCUGGUUGAAAAGACAGUGGGAGGGAAAACUGUUUGGAUCGGCCUGUUCAGAGACGACUGGACGUGGUCUGACCAGAGGACCUCAUCCUUCAGACACUGGAGACCAGACGCCCCUGAUAACAAGGGGACAGACAACUGUGCUGUAACAUGGCUAACUCAAGGAAACAAGGGGACAUGGAAAGACUGUAAAUGUGAUGACAAACAUCCUUUCUUCUGCCGCUUGGAUAAACUUCAGCUGGUGAAAAAGAAUCUGAGCUGGACAGAGGCCCACAUGUACUGCAGAGAGCGCCACAUGGACCUGGUCUCAGUCUUCACAGAGGAGAUCCAGCGCUGGGUGAUGGAGGAGGCUAAACAGGCCUCCACUGAACAUGUGUGGCUGGGCCUGCGCUACCUGUGCCCACUGGACAUCUGGUUCUGGGUCAGUGGAGAGACCGUCUGCUGGGACCGCUGGGCCGAGGAGAGAGAGGAGGAGGACGGGAGGAAGGGAUGCGCUGGAGAUCAGAGAGCAGGAGCGCUGCAGCAUGGAGUGGGUCAGCAGUGGGUCAGCCUGCCUGAGAGCACCAGACUCAACUUCAUCUGCACUACUGAAGAGAUGGCCAACAUGGACCUCCAGGGUGCAGACUGCCAGUGUUAAUCAUCUUUAGUAAGAAUUUGUAAUCUCUUAAUUUAACAUGGAUGGAUCACUAAUUAAUCAAGCUUAUGGGUGAUCUGGCUUAAUAACAACAGACUGUUUUUAUUAUACUCUUUUAGAAAAGUCUUGUUAAAUAUAUAAUAACCUGUUUUGAAUAUUGUGGAGAAGUCCUUUGCCCUGCCCAGACUGAGAGGUUAAAUGGUCAGGAAACCAUUGGUGAUGUUUUGACUUAAUUAGCGUAGAGCUCAUCUCAGAAUUAGAAAUCAUUAUACUUUUUACACUUAUUUAAGGUGUACCUUGUAAAACA